UAACAAAAAUUUUAUUUUUUAAAUACAAAUCAGAUCAAAUUUAUAAUUUGUAGCCGUCGAUGUUUUUUACACAAAUGUUAUUUAUUUAAGUUAAAACCUUCCCAAGCCUAUUUACUCCCGUAUCUUCAAUGCUAAUAAUGCAUCGGUCUGAAAUUGAAGAAUUGAGAAAAGAGAUCGAUUUGAUGGCGUAAGGACUAAGAAGGAAGAGGACAUCACACACAUCCUUACCAAUUAAGCCAUGAAAGGCGUCUUUUCGGCGCCCGGUGAUUACAUCCACUUCAAGUCCCAAGUCCCUCUUCACAAAAUCCCAAUUGGCACUAAGCAGUGGCGAUAUUAUGAUUUCGGUCCAAAAGUUGUACCUCCACUUAUAUGUCUUCCUGGAAUAGCUGGAACAGCAGAUGUAUACUACAAACAGAUCAUGUCAUUAUCCAUGAAGGGUUAUCGUGUCAUAUCUGUUGAUAUACCUCGAGUAUGGCAUCAUACUGACUGGAUUCAAGCAUUUGAAAAGUUCUUGGAUGCUAUUGAUGUACACCAUAUACAUCUUUAUGGAACAUCACUUGGUGGCUUCCUAGCACAACUCUUUGCUCAGCAUCGUCCAAGACGAGUACGGUCAUUGGUUCUAUCAAAUUCAUUUUUGGAGACACGAAGUUUCUCUGCUGCAAUGCCAUGGGCACCCAUUGUUAGUUGGACUCCUUCUUUUUUGCUGAAGCGGUAUGUCUUAACAGGAAUUCGUGAUGGUCCUCAUGAACCAUUUAUUGCAGAUUCAGUGGACUUUGUUGUUUCUCAGGUGGAAACCCUCUCUAGAGAAGACUUGGCCUCCAGAUUGUCACUGACAACUGAUGAUGCUUCAGUGGGAUCCCUUCUUCUUUCAGAUUCAUUUAUCACUAUAAUGGAUACUAAUGACUACUGUGCAAUUCCUCAACAAGUAAAAGAUCAAUUAAGUGAAAGGUAUCCUGAGGCAAGACGCGCAUAUUUGAAAACAGGUGGAGAUUUUCCUUUUCUUUCCCGACCGGACGAAGUCAACUUACAUCUUCAGUUGCACCUUAGGCGGGUUGGUGUGGAAGCUCGGCCAGAUUUGGUUCCCAGUAUUCCUAAAGGUGAUCUUGGAGGAAGUCCAAGCAAAGAAAAUGAUGGAGAUGACUCUGACAAGUCACGUAAGGAUGACAAAAGAGACUCAGAAAAUCCAUCGGCUGAAAGUGAGAUACAUACUACCCCAGAAAGCUCAGAAUCCCAUAAUUUAGAAAACCAGCCACUUGAAAGUUCAGAAUGUUGUCACCUGGAUCAUGAAGUCACCUUAUAUGUCUUUCCUGUUGUAUUCACAAAGGAAAAGAACAUAGUGCCUCCAGAAACUCAUGUACAUUUCAUGACGGAAUAUAUUGUUCUUUUUUAUCUUCUUCGUUACAUCAGUUCACGGUACAUUAUCUGGAACUAUUCUUUGGAAUUUAGGCAAGUUGUGUAAGUUGGAAUCUUUUGGAUAUACUCUGUAUCAUGAGAAUUGAGUGCGUCAAAGAAAGUUGCUAAGCUCGAUCUUAUUGUGGACUGGAUUUCUGAGUUCCUUUGCCUUGUGAACUUGAGUUAUGUCCUUUGUAAGUUUUCCUUUGAAAUUCGAAGGUAGUAAAUAAAUUGUUAAACCAUCAAAUUUCAUAUUUCUU